AGUGGCCGCCUGUGUGAGAUUUUCCUGGAGUUAGAGGAGGAGGGGGGCGCGCUCCCGUGGUAGGCGGAAGCGGGGUAUCCCGAGUGGAGAGAGAUUGGUGUGACUGAUGGGCACUGGAUGGUGGAAGGCUGGAGAGUGAAUUCCAGCAUCAGUACUGAAGGGGAAGCAGUAUUAUUCAGAAGGAGUUGGAGUCUGGAGAAGCAGAAGAACGGAGAAAGAACUUUGGAGGCACGAAUCGGAGAAUAGGACAGUUUGGGUCUCGAAGAACGGGCUGAGUCUGGAGUUGAACGGUGUUCUGGAGAAAGAGAACGUUUCAAGGCUAAGAUGUGAAGCAUUUAGAGGGACCCGGGAACUAAAGGCAUUGAGCAUUGGAUUCUGAGACGCGGUCGUGAGAUGGGAAUGCCGGAGAGAGUUACUGACGGGGUCUUGGAGCCGGGCUGGGAGUUUGGAAAGUAAAGCCCAGAGUCACUUGAAAGUGCAGCCGAAUUAGGGGAGGUUCGGGACAAGGUCUCAGAAUUGGGAUACCCAGUUUCGCCAGCGGAACUAUGUACCCGAGAGUUAUUUAUCGUCUUUGGGCGAUGUGAUGGGGUUUGAGUCUCUGCACACCGAGGACAGUUUGGGGAAGAGUCCAGAACUUUCUGGGGUGAUAGGGACCCAGAGAAAGCAGGUUUUCCGACUGAAGUCUGGUGGGGGAGGGGCGCUGGGGCGUGGAGCUCAGAUUCGCCGCCCCGAAGGCAGUAGAGGGCGGGGCUCGGCGGCCACUGGGCUGCUGGAGGUCCGGGUUCCCUUCCCCCAUCGCUGGAGCUCCAGUACGCAUGCUCAGGGAGGGCGGGUCUGUCCAGCCUCUUGGGUGUGCUGGGCCUUCUGGGGAUUGUAGUUUGAACGCGACAACAGAAGCUCUACCUGGCGGCUCUGGGUCCACAGUUCCCAGAAGGCCCCGAGGAUACAUUGAAGUGUUCUUGGUUCUGGUCUAGCGAACCAGGGAAGGGCGGUGCCUAAAAGAGAAGAUUUGGUUGGACUGGUCGCUAGAGGGUGCAGUUUGAGGACAUGGGAGGCUUAAAGAGGAAACAUUCUGAUUUGGAAGAGGAGGAGGAGGAUGAGAAGUGGGACUGGAGUCCAACUGCUCUUCGGAGCUACCAGCAAGCCCUGCUCCGAAUCUCUCUGGACAAAGUCCAGCGCAGCCUGGGCCCCAGAGCACCCAGCCUCCGCAGGCACGUCCUUAUCCACAACACGCUCCAGCAGCUCCAGGCUGCCAUUCGCCUAGCUCCAGCACCAGCCCUGCCCCCAGAGCCGCUCUUCCUGGGUGAAGAAGAUUUCUCCCUGUCCACCACCAUUGGCUCUAUCCUCAGGGAGCUGGAUACAUCCACGGACGAGCUGGAACCACCUCUGAAUCCAGCAGCCUCCCCAGGUCCCCACGAUGAGAUCAUGUCCCAGGCUGAUCCUGUGUUCUUAGAAGCUCUGAGCUCCCGGUACCUGGGAGACUCUGGCCUGGAUGACUUCUUUUUGGACAUUGAUACGUCUGCGGUGGAAAGGGACACUGCACUUCCACCUCCAGAGCCACCUCACAGCCUCUUCUGUAGCCCAGGGUCCUGGGAGUGGAAUGAAUUGGACCACAUCAUGGAAAUCAUACUGGGAUCCUAAAACUGAUGGGGUCCUUCCAGACAGCAGCCUCAGUGGGCUGGGUCCUUAGAUGGGACUCUUGUAUGGGUGUUUGGCAGAGGCUCUCAACAGUAACUGUGUGGCCUCCUUUCCUUCUAUGUCAGGAUUCCACAAACUGUCCUGCAUGUGUGCGUGUCUGGUUACCACAGCCUUCCGUGAAGGUGCCUCUUCCUGGAUUAAUUUAUCUCUUCCAAAUGCCUUAAGGAGACUCUGUCUCAGGGAGUCUUGAUUCCUCACUUACACAUUUCUUCUGCCUCCAGUUCCCACUGCCCUUAUGACCACUAGGGUCUCAGGGAAGAUAAAAAAGGGUGAUGGGUGGGCUGCCUCUCCAGGGAGGGGGAGGAGCCGGGCUCCUCCUGACAGGCUCCGCCUCUUGGCAGGACCCUAGUCCCAGCAGCCUCCUGAUUCAUAACCAGGCCGGACCUUGUGCAAUAGGGCAGAAAUCUACCAGCUCCAAGCCGUGCUACUUAAGAAGAAAGAGAAGGUGGGGUUUGUAGUGGCGUUUGUUUUUUGUUUUUUGAGUGAGGUUUUUUUGUUGUUGUUCUUGUUUUGUUUUUUGUUUUUGUUUUUUGUUUGGUUCGGUUUUUUGUUUUUUGUUUUUUUUUUUCUAAUAAAAGCAUUUUGGAAUGAU